CAGGUAUAUGACAAUUCAGUGACUUUGUUAAAUUGUCUUUCUUUUAUAAGCAGCACGUGUAGACGCGGUUGACUUCAUUAUCGUCGCAUGAAAUUAAUAGUUUAGGUUACAUAUAUAACAAUGCCGUCUGACGCGAAGAAACGAGCACAGCAAAAGAAAAAAGAACAGGCGAGCAAUAGGAAUAAAAAACCCAUCGCGAAAGUAACAACCGCUGAACAGAAUGGAGCAGAUACCAACGGUACUAAAGAAGAACGUGAGCUCACCGCUGAAGAGGCACUAUGCCUUAAAUUGGAAGCUGAAGCAAAGAUGAAUUCUGAAGCAAGGUCAUGCACUGGUACUUUGGCCGUCCAUCCCCGUUCCAGGGAUAUCAAAAUAGCUAAUUUCUCCAUUACUUUCUAUGGAAGUGAACUGUUACAGGACACCCUACUCGAAUUGAACUGUGGAAGAAGAUAUGGCCUUGUGGGACUGAAUGGAUGUGGAAAGUCAUCGUUGCUGGCUGUACUGGGUCGUCGCGAAGUGCCAAUACCGAACCACAUAGAUAUCUUCCAUUUGACGCGAGAGAUGCCCGCGUCCGACAAGACGGCGCUCGAAUGCGUCAUGGAGGUGGACGAGGAGCGUAUCCAGCUGGAGAAACUCGCAGAGGAGUUGGCACAGUGCGAGGAUGAUGAAUCACAGGAACAAUUGCUAGAUGUGUAUGACCGUCUGGAAGACUUAAGUGCUGAUACUGCGGAAGCUCGUGCUGCUAACAUCCUUCACGGUCUCGGGUUCUCGAAAGAAAUGCAACAGAAGGCUACUAAGGACUUUUCAGGAGGUUGGCGUAUGCGUAUUGCGCUCGCCCGUGCUCUGUAUGUGAAACCUCACCUUCUGCUACUCGACGAACCCACUAACCAUCUCGACCUUGACGCCUGUGUAUGGCUUGAAGAGGAACUUAAACAGUAUAAAAGGAUUCUAGUAUUGAUCUCACAUUCUCAAGAUUUCCUAAACGGCGUGUGCACAAAUAUCAUCCACAUGAGCAAACGCAGGUUGAAAUACUACACCGGUAAUUAUGAGGCAUUUGUGCGCACGCGCAUGGAACUACUCGAGAAUCAGAUGAAACAGUAUAACUGGGAGCAGGAUCAGAUCGCGCAUAUGAAGAACUAUAUUGCUCGGUUUGGUCACGGUUCAGCUAAAUUGGCUCGUCAAGCGCAGUCUAAGGAAAAGACUUUGGCCAAGAUGGUUGCUCAAGGUCUCACGGAAAAGGUGGUGGAUGACAAAAUUCUUAACUUCUACUUCCCGUCUUGUGGCAAGGUUCCGCCGCCCGUUAUUAUGGUUCAGAAUGUGGCGUUCCGAUACACCGAUGAAGGGCCAUGGAUCUAUAAGAACUUGGAAUUUGGUAUUGAUCUGGAUACGCGGUUGGCUCUCGUCGGCCCUAACGGGGCUGGCAAGUCCACGCUACUGAAAUUACUUUAUGGAGAUUUGGUGCCCACUACUGGUAUGAUCCGCAAGAACUCCCACUUGCGCAUCGGCCGCUACCAUCAGCAUCUGCACGAGCUGUUAGAUCUGGACCUGUCUCCGCUGGACUACAUGAUGAAGGAGUUCCCCGAGGUCCGGGAGCGGGAGGAGAUGAGGAAGAUCAUUGGACGAUACGGCUUGACUGGCAGGCAACAGGUGUGUCCGAUGCGUCAGCUGUCUGACGGGCAACGUUGCCGCGUGGUGUUCGCGUGGCUCGCGUGGCAAACCCCGCACCUGCUGCUGCUGGACGAGCCCACCAACCACCUGGACAUGGAGACGAUAGACGCGCUCGCGGACGCAAUCAACGAGUUCGACGGCGGCAUGGUGCUGGUCAGCCACGACUUUAGACUCAUCAAUCAGGUUGCCGAAGAAAUUUGGAUCUGCGAAAAUGGAACUGUGACAAAGUGGGAGGGUGGUAUCCUGAAGUACAAGGAUCACCUGAAGUCGAAGAUAUUGAAGGACAACGCAGACAAUGCGGCUAAAAUUCGAAAAUAACCUUACAUAACUCACAAACUCUUCCUGACAAACAACAGUUGACUUGAUCACUUAGAUCCAAUAAUAAUUUUAAGUUAAAUAUCCGACUUUUUAUAAAACUUAAACGGUUAAAAUGCAGUCUGAUUAGAAACUUAUGAAUGUAUAUCCGCUUGCUAUUUGCUUACAAUCGGGUAGGUAGUUUUUAGUUUCUGUUAAAUAUUAAUUUAUAUAGCCCUAAUAAUCACAUUUUAAAAUUUAUAUAACCAGCCAUUAAUAGGUUUUUGCGGCGUCUUUAUUCAUCUUUUUAGACACUGAUAGAGUAAAAUCAAUGUAAGCAAGCGGAUUUUAAUUGCUUUGUCUUCGAAACAAGACUUAAUUAACAAAAAAGUCGGAAAAUCGUUACAAUAUUCGAGAGCAAAAUUAACUCCAGCCUCUUAAUGUUAUGACUAGAUAGCUAGACGCACUAAAUUCUCGCUUGCACUGUACCGUGCAAUACGUAUACUUAAGAGGAAAUGUGGCCGGAGAGACUUGAAAUUUUAGGUAUUUGGAGGAACUAGCGUUGUCGCUCUGCGGGCGCGGAUUUUCCAUGUCUGGGUAAAUUUCCAGUGAGUAAGUGUCGCCAAAGUGAGCGAUUCGUUCAUAAUAUGUACUGAAUAAGAAGUAAAUACGCUGUGCCUCUAUGUUUUUAUUUUCAGUGAUAGUCGUCAAAUUUGCACAAUAAGCCUUCUGUUGAUAGCCGACUUUUACAGGCUAUUUUGAGUAUUUUUAGAGGGUUCCAGUGCUUAUAAACAAAAAGUAUCAUAAAAAAGGUAUAGAGGCAUAUAACAUAUUCAUAUUAAAUAUUCUGUAAAAAAUCAUUGCUUGGCGAUCAAUAUCCGGGGAGAAAACAGACGAAAGCGUUUGUAUGGAGAAAAUACCUACCGCGUUUCCUCUUAAAAUGGUGCACUAAUAAUACAAUUGAUUUGUUAUGUAACUAGAAAAAUUUAGCCUCAAAUAACUUAAAGACGAAUGCGAAAUAGAAGUAUUAUAAUAAUAGUGAUAUUGUUUGUUUACUGUUAAUGCUAACAACAAUUUUUAGAAAAAUAUAUACAUGUUUAAUCGAUUUCGUUGUGAGAUACAUAUAAUAAAUAGCUAAAUGGGGAACGAAGUAGCCGGUCCAUAUACUCUUAGCGUUUCUUGGUUGAGUAUAAUACUAUGUUACCAGGUGUAUAUUAGUUUGCAUUUUCUGAAUUAUCUGAUGAGUGCUUUGAAUAUUUUGAUUUGAUUUUAAUUCGAGUUUCGAUCUUUCAGUUGUUUCAAUUACAAGAGAUAUAAUUUUGAUUUGAUAUUUUUGUUUUCUUCAUAAGACUAGAGGCCUUAAUUCACGUGCUCAAAAUAUUCUGCCUUUGAAAUGUAUGAAACUGCCUUCCGCGAAUACCAGUGUACACACAAUGUGGGGCCGGCUUUAUGUAAUGUAAAGCGAACGGCUGGUGGAGCACAUAAUAUAUAAAAUGAUAGUUUGUGCUGGCUAUCGACGUGUAAGCUUUGCCUUCCCUUGUUGUUCUAGUACAGUGACAUUGGGUUUUUGAAAUAUUGAAAUACAAACAUUACGUUUAUUGAAAUAAGUAUAUGUAUUAAUAAUUAUAUUAUUUACAAUCUAUACGAAUACGAAGCAAUAAUAGUUAAUUAGAUAAAUAUUUAUUGUGUAUUCAAAAACCCAGUUGUUGUUCUUGUAGCUCCGUGACAUGUUUCAUUUCAAUAGUGAUUGUAAUUGACCAAUACAGUGUGAUCUAGGAAAUAAUUGAUUUAUUUGUGGAUAUUUAAUACAUGUGAUUUCAAUAAAUGGAUCAAAUGGUG